AGUGGUAGAAGAGCGAGGCGAGCUGAGUGUCAGAAAGAGUAAACACCUUCAGCAUGUCUAAGGAGGAGGAGCUCACGGAGGAGAUCAUGGAGUCCAAAGUGAUGUGGUACCCGGACUCCAAAAAAAUCACACAGAUGGACCUAUUCAUGGUCAGGAUAAACAGUAAUUAUGGGCUGAAUUUGGCUAAUUACAAUGAUCUGUACCAGUGGUCUGUUGAAUGCUACCCAGAGUUCUGGGGGGAAUUUUGGGACUUCAGUGGUAUCGUUUACUCCCGCAUGUUUGAUGAGGUAAUUGACAAAUCCAAAGGGAUCUCUGAUGUUCCAGAAUGGUUUAAAGGAAGUCGUCUGAACUAUGCAGAGAACCUCCUUAAACACAAAGAGAAUGACAAAAUUGCUAUCUAUGCUGCACGGGAAGGCAGAGAACAUAUCGAGAACGUGACUUUUGAUGAGCUGAGACGAGACGUUGCCCUGUAUGCUGCUGCCAUGAGGAAGAUGGGAGUCACAACUGGAGAUCGGGUUGUAGGUUACCUGCCAAACUGCAUACAAACACUAGAAGCGACCCUGGCUGCAGCAAGCAUUGGUGCUAUCUGGAGUUCCACAUCACCUGAUUUUGGGGUCAAUGGAGUGCUGGACAGGUUUUCCCAAAUUCAACCCAAACUAAUCUUCUCAGUUGAAGCUGUGGUUUACAAUGGAAAAGAACAUGGUCACCUCGAGAAACUACAGAGUGUAGUGAAAGGAUUGCCAGACUUGAAAAAGGUUGUUGUAAUUCCUUAUGUUUUCCCAAAAGAAAAGAUUGACAUCUCAAAGAUUCCUAAUAGUGUGUUUUUAGAUGAAUUUCUGGCAAGUGGAAAAGUUGGAGACCAAGCCCCACAACUGGAAUUUGAACAGCUGCCAUUUAACCAUCCUCUGUUCAUCAUGUACUCUUCUGGGACUACUGGAGCUCCCAAAUGCAUGGUUCAUUCAGCAGGGGGAAGUCUCAUACAACAUCUAAAGGAGAACAUUUUGCAUGGCAACACAACCAGCAGUGACAUUAUCAUGUAUUAUACAACGGCUGGAUGGAUGAUGUGGAAUUGGCUGAUCACUGCCCUAUCAACUGGGGCUUCCUUGGUGCUGUAUGAUGGCUCUCCUCUUGUUCCCAGUCCCAAUGUGCUGUGGGAUCUAGUAGACCGUCUGGGGAUAACCAUUAUGGGGACUGGUGCAAAAUGGCUGGCUGUUUUAGAAGAGAAAAAUCUGAAGCCAUCUGAAACAAACAGUCUGAAAACCCUUCAUACAAUACUAUCUACAGGAUCCCCCUUAAAGCCUCAAAGCUACGAAUAUGUGUAUAAUAGUAUAAAGAAAAAUGUCCUGCUAGGCUCUAUUUCAGGUGGCACGGAUAUUAUAUCGUGUUUCAUGGGCCAAAACGUGCGCCUUCCAGUUUAUAAAGGAGAAAUUCAGGCCAGGAACCUUGCAAUGGCAAUAGAAGCUUGGAGUGAAACAGGAGAGCCUGUGUGGGGUGAAAGUGGGGAGCUGGUGUGUUAA